AUGAAUUCAUCUAAUAAACAAAACGAAGAUCUAUCCGAGAUUUUCGUGAAAGUUAAGGAUAUUGAUGAACAAAUAUACUGCUUGAUAAUUGAAAUACUAAGAAAAGAAAAGAUUUCAGAUUGCAUAGGAUUCCUUUCAAAACUUGAUAAUCAAAAAUAUUUAGAUGAAUAACUCAAGGUGCAUCAGGAUCUAGGAAUAAUUAACAUUGAGAAGAUGACUAAAAUUAUCUAAUAAAUACAAGAUCACAACUUUAAUAAAUAUAAUUAUUCAGAGGAAACCUUCACAGACUUAAAAAAAGACCUGAUUGAAAAGGUAUCUAAAUAAUAGAAGAUAAUCCAAUUUUUUUUAUUUUUAGUUCGUCUCACAGCCUUCGAUUAAACCUUUAUCUAGUGUGGGUCAAAUUCAUUACAUUUAUUAGUUGAGAUGAAGAUUGAACUUGGAAACUAAAAUUUUGAAAAUAUUAAAGUUUGCAAUACAUCCAUAGUGGGUGCUAAUUUUGUUAGAUGCAAUUUAAGUGGAUCGUAAUUUGAAAACGUCGAUAUAAGUGGAUUGAAUUUGAACGGCGCGAUACUAUUUAACUGUAAAUGGAAGAACAUUAAAAUACAAAAGUUAAGUAUAUUAAAAGGACAUACUUUGGCAGUCCUAUCAGUAUGUUUUACUCCAGAUAGUUCUACAUUAGCAUCCUGUAGUGGAGAUAAGUCUAUCCGUUUAUGGGAUGUUAAAACAGGAUAAUAAAAAGCCAAAUUAGAUGGUCAUACUAGUGUUGUAGAAUCAGUCUGUUUCUCACCAGAUGGUACUACAUUGGCAUCUUGUAGUAAAGAUAAGUCUAUUCGUUUAUGGGAUGUUUAAACAAGAAAAAAAAUAGCGAAAUUGGUUGGUCAUAAUGAUUCUCUCUAUUCGAUUUGUUUCUCUCCUGAUGGUACUACAUUAGCAUCUGGUAGUGAAGAUAAGUCUAUCUGUUUAUGGGAUACGAAAACAGGAGAAUAAAUAUCUAAAUUAAAUGGCCAUUCAGAUGGUGUCUCUUCAGUUUGUUUCUCUCCUGAUGGUACUACAUUAGCAUCUGGUAGUCAUGACAAUUCUAUCCGUUUGUGGGAUGUUAAAAUAGGGAAAUAAAAAUCUAUAUUAGAUGGGCAUACAUAUUGGGUCUAAUCAGUAUGUUUCUCUCCUGAUAAUAUGUCAUUAGCAUCUGGUAGUGGUGAUAAGUCUAUCUGCUUAUGGGAUAUAAAAACAGGAGAAUAAAUAUAUAAAUUUUAUGGCCAUUCAGAUUAUGUCUCUUCAGUUUGUUUCUCACCAGAUGGUACUACAUUAGCAUCUGGUAGUGAAGAUAAGUCUAUCUGUUUAUGGGAUACGAAAACAGGAAAAAAAAUAUCCAAAUUGGAUGAUCAUACUUCUUAUGUCUCUUCAGUUUGUUUCUCUCCUGAUGGUAAUAUAUUAGCAUCUGGAAAUUAUGAUCAAUAUAUAUGUUUAUGGGAUGUUAAAAUAGGAAAACAAAAAUCUAAAUUAGAUGGGCAUAAUAAUUUGGUCGAAUCACUUUGUUUCUCUCCUGAUGGUACUACAUUAGUAUCUGGUAGUGAAGAUAAGUCUAUUCGUUUAUGGGAUAUGAAAACAGGAGAAUAAAAAUCUAAAUUAAAUGGUCAUACUAAUACAGUUUAUUCAGUCUGUUUUUCUCCAGAUAGUACUACAUUAGCAUCUUGUAGUAGAGAUAAUUCUAUCCGUUUAUGGGAUGUUAAAACAGGAAAAUAAAAAUCUAAAUUAAAUGGUCAUACUAAUACAGUUUAUUCAGUCUGUUUUUCUCCAGAUAGUUCUACAUUAGCAUCCUGUAGUGAAGAUAAGUCUAUUCGUUUAUGGGAUAUGAAAACAGGAGAAUAAAAAUCUAAAUUAUCUGGUCAUACUAGUAUUGUCUAUUCAGUCUGUUUCUCACCUGAUGGUACUACAUUAGCAUCUGGUAGCGAUGAUAUGUCCAUCAGAAUAUGGGAUGUUAAAACAGGAAAAUAAAAAUCUAAAUGGGAUGGCCAUUUUGCUUUUAUCAAUUCAAUAUGUUUCUCUCCUGAUGGUACUGCGUUGGCAUCUGGCAGCAGAGAAAAAUCUAUCCGUUUAUGGGAUGUUAAAAUAGGAAAAUUAAAAUUCAAAUUUAAUGGUCAUUCAGAUUGCGUCCUAUCAGUCUGUUUCUCACCUGAUGGCACUUUGUUGGCAUCUGGUAGUAAAGAUAAGUCUAUCCGUUUGUGGGAUGUCAAAACAGGGAAAUAAAAAUAUAAAUUGGAUGGUCAUUUUUCCUCUGUCAAUUCAGUAUGUUUCUCUCCUGAUGGUAUUAAAUUGGCAUCUGGUAGUUGUGAUAAGUCUAUAAGUUUGUGGGAUUUGAAAACAGGAAAAUAAAAAUAUAAAUUGGAUGGUCAUUUUUCUUCAGUCAAUUCAGUAUGUUUCUCUCCUAAUGGUAUUAAAUUAGCAUCCGGUGGUAAUGAUAACUCUAUCCGUUUCUGGGAUGUUAAAACAGGAAUAUAAAAAUACACUAUAGAUGGUCAUAGCAAUAAAGUCCGAUCAGUCUGUUACUCACCUGAUGGCACUACAUUAGUUUCUGGGGGUUAUGACACCUCUAUCCGGUUAUGGGAUAUUUAAACAGGAUUAUAAAAAUUCAAAUUAGAUGGGCAUACUAAUUGGGUCUAAUCAGUCUGUUUCUCUCCUGAUGGUACGUUAUUAGCAUCUGGUAGUUUGGAUACGUCUAUCCGUUUAUGGGAUGUUAAAACAGGAUAAUAAAAAUUUAAAUUAGAUGGUCAUACUAAUGAUGUCAUUUCAGUCUGUUUCUCCCCUGAUGGUACGAAAUUAGCAUCUGGUAGUGGCAGUAGAAAUCCUGUAAAUUUGAAAGAUAAUUCUAUACGUAUAUGGGAUGUUAAAACUGGAAAAUAAAAACUCAAAUUAGAUGGGCAUACUAGUUGGGUCUAAUCAGUAUGUUUCUCUCCUGAUGGUAUUGCAUUAGCAUCUGGUAGCAGUGAUAACUCUAUCCGUUUAUGGGAUGUUAAAACAGGAUUAUAACUAUUCAUAUUAAAAGGGCAUACCCAUGAGGUCUUAUCAGUAUGUUUCUCUCCUGAUAAUAUGUCAUUAGCAUCUGGUAGCAGGGAUAAAUCUAUCCGUUUAUGGGAUGUUAAAACAGGAUUAUAAAAAUUUAAAUUAGAUGGUCAUACUAAUGAUGUCAUUUCAGUCUGUUUCUCUCCUGAUGGUACGAAAUUAGCAUCUGGUAGCAGUGAUAAAUCUAUCCGUUUAUGGGGUUUUAACACACGAAAAGAGAUUUAAUUUAUAGAAAAUUGUUAUUAAGAUAUUUUUGAGUAAUUUUAAAGCAAUUCUUUUCUAGAAGGUUGUAAAUAUUUUUAAUUUUAUUUAGAAUAUAUUAAUUUUGCUAUUCUCAUUAUUUCGAAAUAAAAGUUAUUUUAAGCAUAAGGAGCUUUAAUUUACAAAGGAGAAUUUGUGAAUCAAUUAGGAAUUGAUUUAAAAGCAUUAUUUAAACAAUUAGGAAGUUUAAUUUUGGAUAACUUUGCAGAGUUACAAUAUAAUUGA